AUGGUUACUCGUGCUAAAGCGGGCAUUCAUAAGCCUCGAUUGUUUUAUAGUGUGGUUGCAGGUACACCGGUUGAACCCUCCUCAUUCAAAGAAGCAUUCGCGAAUCCAAUUUGGCUCCGCACUAUGGAUCAUGAGUUUGUUGCUUUACGUUCCCAACAUACUUGGAUAUUGGUCCCUCUUCCUCCUGGUGCCAAAGUCAUUGGCUGCAAAUGGGUAUAUCGUAUUAAACUCAAUUCUGAUGGUUCGGUCGAUCGCUACAAGGCUCGCCUUGUUGCAAAAGGUUUCCACCAAACUCCGGGUUUGGAUUUCCAUGAGACUUUUAGUCCCGUCAUCAAACCAACUACUAUACGGCUGGUGUUGUCCUUGGUUGUGUCCUCUCACUGGCCCAUCCACCAAAUUGAUAUUCAAAAUGCUUUUCUCCACGGCGACUUGACCGAGACUGUCUAA